GUAAAUUCAGUAGACCAUCCCUAUUCCAUUGUUUGGUUGGUUGUAAUAGGCUAUUACAGCCAUAUUCUAUACUGCCUUAUUCAAGGCAAAACUAUCGUUUACCAUUCAGCACUCUAUCCACGGAAUACCUAUUCAGCGUGUCUACCCACGCUUUCAAGCUUCCAACUUUCCCAGAAGCCCCAAGGCUGAAACCAAGGAGAAGACGCUACAAAUACUAAUUUGGGAUUCCAUCCUCAGUUUUGGCUAAUACCCUUUCCAAGGGAUAAAGCUCUCUUUAUUAAUUUCAUCAUUUUAUUUCAAGCUUUAUGUCCUUAAUUUUGAUAUGGGUUACUUUUAUUCGACUCGUUCAUGCUCAAAAUUUUGUCCUUUUUGAGUAAAUUAGUCGAUGCUUUUGAUUAGUUUGAUAGUGGGUACCAUAUCAUAUGUUUCUUUUAUGUGAAAACACUGCUUUGCUCCUUUGAAUUUGGAACUGGUAGACUGUUGUUGGCCUUUAGUCUGCUAUAUAUAUAUAUGCUGUGGAAAAGUUAUUGGCAUUUGUGCUAUUUUUUAUCCUAUCCUUUUAUUAUUUUCAGGCUUUUCUUCUUUUCUUUUUUCUAUUGGUUUUCAACCAGAGCAUAUACUUGUUUUCUUUAGAGUGUUGAAGAAAAGAUUGCUCGGCAUGAAAAAGAUGGGACAGUAGUAACAAGGAAACAUUUGAGUAUGAUGAGGAAACAACUUAAACCAAUAAUGGUUUUAGUAUGUUAUUUCUGAAACAAAUCAAGAAGGGAAUGGGAUGUUUUAUGAGGUGAGAGUCAAGCCUGGAGAAAGUGCUCUUGCUUUUUAUACUAAUGAAAACCGAAGUUCAAACAUAACUGGUGUCUCUACUUAUAAUGUCACCCCAAUGAAGGCUGCUGUUUAUUUCAAUAAAAUCCAGUUCUUUUGCAUUGAGGAGCAGCGUCUUCUUCCUGGAGAGCAGAUUGACAUGCCUGUUUUCUUCUACAUAGAUCCUGAGUUUGAAACAGAUGCCCGAAUGGAUGGUAUAAACAACCUGAUUUUAUCAUAUACUUUUUUCAAGGUUUCCGAAGGAUAGAAGGGGGAUAUUUAAAUUCAUAGUGAAAAUAGAAUAUCAUUCACAUGAGAAUAAAAACUAUUGGUUAGGAUCCCAUUUUCAUAUACCGGGAGAAGAGGGAGAAGAAACAUUCUUUUGUCGGAAUUAUUUUAUUAUUACAGUCUCCUUUCACCUCUUUAUGGUGGAAACAGUCUAUUUUUGUACCAGGCUCCUCCCUCUUCAUACCAAGGAAGUGCAGAACUUGUGUAAAAUCUGUAGUUGUUCUAGUAUGGAGUAAAUGCGAUGUCACUGUCUGUAUGUGUUUUAUCUA